ACACCCAAAACAAAACACAAACACAGUUUCUCACUCACGCUAUAAACAGUAUCUCUCUCUAGCUGUCACUGUCUUUAUGGGCAACGUCUCUAACUACUGACUGUGAUCUCCAGCUCAUUAACAUACUCUUCUCUUCUUCUUGUUUGCUUCUUGGGUCUCCACAUUUGACGAAACCAUGAGCUUUUCCCUCACUUGAUCAAACUGAUCACCACCAACCUCUAAAGUCUAAACUAGACUGAACAAACACACCCCAGAAGAGAAAAACACCGAACUUGAUAAGUUUGUCGGUAAAAGCAAUGGCAUUGAAGCACUUUGAGUUGCUUUUGUUUGUGUUUGUGGUUAAAGUUUUGAUCUCUGGUUUCCCAGUUCUUGUCCAAUGUACUACUGAUCCUAAUGAUGUUCAAGCUCUACAAGCUAUGUACUCUUCACUGAAUAGUCCUUCACAGCUGACCAGUUGGAAAAGUAUUGGUGGUGAUCCAUGUGGAGAGUCAUGGAAAGGGAUCACCUGUGAAGGAUCAGCUGUUGUUUCCGUUCAGAUUUCUGGGUUAGGACUUGACGGGACAAUGGGAUACAUGCUUUCAAACCUCAUGUCAUUGAGAACAUUUGAUCUAAGUGACAACAACAUUCAUGAUCCACUCCCAUAUCAGUUGCCACCGAAUCUUACAAGCUUAAAUCUUGCCAUAAACAACUUGAGUGGGAAUCUUCCUUAUUCCAUUUCUACCAUGGUUUCUCUUAGCUACCUGAAUGUAAGCCGUAAUUCGCUGUCCCAGUCAAUUGGAGAUGUUUUCCAUAAUCUUUCUCUCCUCUCAACCAUGGAUGUCUCUUUCAACAACUUCAGUGGAGAUAUUCCCAGUUCCUUUAGUUCAUUGUCUAAUCUUUCUACACUCAAUGUUCAGAACAAUCAACUGACAGGUUCUCUUAAUGUUCUUACUGGUUUGCCUUUGACAACUCUAAAUGUUGCAAACAACAAUUUGAGUGGAUGGAUACCUCAAGAGCUUAGUUCAAUCCCAAACUUUAUAUACAAUGGUAAUUCUUUUGACAAUGGUCCUGCUCCACCUCCGCCACCAUAUACCUCUCCACCUCCUGGUAAAUCUCACAGAAACCGUACUCAUCCAGGAUCUGGUGCACCUAGGACCCCAUCUUCUGAUGGUCAACCAUCUGAGUCAGAUAAGGGGAAAUCAGUGGGAGCGAUUGCAGGCGUAGCCCUAGGUUCUGUGGUUCUGGUUCUCAUUGCACUCCUUGCUCUUGUCUUUUGCCUUAAAAAGCAUCAAGGCAAGGAAAUUGAUCCUCUAGCUUCCCGGGGAAGUCGUCCUGCUGAUACAUAUUAUACUGGUGCAGAGAUGCAAGAGCCGAGGGUGAAAAACAUGGCUGCUGUUACAGAUCUGAAGCCCCCACCUGCUGAGAAAUUGGUGGUUGAGAGAUUACUAGGGAAUUCUGGAUCCAUAAAGAGAAUGAAGUCGCCCAUCACUGCCACUUCAUAUAGUGUUGCUUCUCUUCAAACAGCAACAAAUAGCUUUAGUCAAGAGUUUAUAAUUGGUGAAGGUUCUCUUGGUCGUGUUUACAGAGGGGACUUUCCUCAUGGAAAGAUAAUGGCUGUUAAGAAGAUCGACAAUGCAGCACUGUCAUUACAGGAGGAAGAUAACUUUCUUGAAGCUGUUUCAAAUAUGUCACACUUGAGGCACCCAAACAUCGUUUCCUUAGUAGGAUACUGUGUAGAGCAUGGGCAGCGACUUUUGGUUUAUGAAUUUAUAGCAAAUGGGAGUCUGCAUGAUAUACUGCACUUUGCUGAUGAUGGCAGCAAGACUUUAUCUUGGAAUGCACGUGUUAGAGUAGCACUUGGGACUGCCCGGGCUUUAGAGUACUUGCAUGAAGUCUGUUUGCCUUCUGUUGUACAUAGAAACUUCAAGUCAGCAAAUAUUUUACUUGAUGAAGAACUCAAUCCCCACUUGUCAGACUGUGGUUUAGCUGCUCUGACACCAAACACAGAGAGACAGGUUUCAACACAGAUGGUUGGCUCAUUUGGUUAUAGUGCUCCUGAAUUUGCCCUGUCAGGAAUAUACACUGUAAAAAGUGAUGUCUACAGCUUUGGGGUGGUAAUGCUAGAGCUAUUGACUGGUCGGAAGCCACUGGACAGUUCAAGGGUGAGAUCAGAGCAGUCACUUGUUAGAUGGGCUACUCCUCAACUGCAUGACAUCGAUGCCUUGGCAAAAAUGGUUGAUCCUGCCCUGAAUGGCAUGUAUCCUGCAAAGUCUCUUUCACGUUUUGCUGACAUCAUUGCCCUGUGUGUUCAGCCGGAACCGGAGUUCCGCCCUCCCAUGUCUGAAGUUGUGCAAGCAUUAGUACGACUAGUGCAAAGGGCCAGUGUGGUCAAGAGACGACCCAGUGAUGAUUCAGGAUUUGCAUAUAAAACCCCGGAUCAUGAGGCAAUCGAUUCAUCACUUUGAGUGUCUUGGCGUUAUUGAACGUGGAAGUGAAGCAUCUGGUUUUGCAUACAGCCAUGCAGAAGUCGAUGGCCGAUGAAAUCAUGCACAGAUAAAGAGGAAAGAUGCUAAAAAGCUAUAAAAUCAGAUCAGAAAGAUAUGUAAUUAUGUCUGAAACAUUGAGAGUUGCUUACUUAUAACUCCAUCUUUAGCUGUAAAUGAUUUAAAACUGUAUUCCAAAAUUUUCCUUCAUCUUUUGUUGUAACAUUUACGAUAUAAUGCAUCCUAAUAAAAGAAUUUCCACUUGUUCCUAGCAA